AUGGGCGAACCGAGGAUUAAGCGCGGUUUCAAGCCACAAGAAACGACCUAUGCUACGAUUGUUGUAUCUGUGGGAGAAAAACCGAAAGCUGAUGUUGAUGAGGUAGAAAAUGAGCCUGCAGCCGCAUCAGCUGGUGUGGAAGGAAAGAAGGAUGAACCAACAAAGGAGGUUCCGGAGGCUGAAAAGCUUCCAGAAGAACAGGAAGUUGACGAGGCUAAACGGAAGAAGAAAAUGAGUAAAGGCGAAAGUGGUGAGGAGAAGCCCAAAAAGAAGAGGAAAUCCAUUGAUGGUGGAGCUGAGCCAAGAUCGUCAGAGACUUUGCAAGAGGAAGAAGUCAAACCCAUUCAAGAAGUAAGGAAAGGAUCGCUUCCAGCAGAGCCUGCAAUCUUGACAGGAAAUGUUGUUUCUUUGAUAACUGGUGCCAAGCUACAGCUAUCGACUUCAGUUUCUCUAGACGCUCGUCAAUUCAAAACAGAGAAAUUUUGGUGGACGAAAGAUGGAAAACCCUUCUUAGAUGUGGAUGGAAUCACUCCUAGAAAGGCCAUAUAUACUUCCAAAUCAAAACCGAAACCACCAAGGUCCACAGACAUUGAACUGACUAAAAAAGAGCCUGCUACGGUCGAAGAUACAGCGACGUAUGUGUUAAUGGGCGAACCCAGAGUCAAGCGCGGCUUUAAGUCUCAAGAAACUACUUACGCUACAAUAAUUGUAAAAGUGUCGGACAACCCCCCAGCGAUCUCUGGAGAGAUCACAGAAGCAUCUUCUGAAAUUUCUGUCUCAAAUGAAUUGAGGGAAGAGGAGCAAAUCAAACCGGAACCUAUAGCUGUAACGGAAGAAAUGACGAUAAUAGAGGACGAAGAGAAACCUAAGGACAAUCAAGCCUACAAUCUGGUAGGAAAGGCAGCGGAGGCAGAUAUUAAGGAAAGGAAAGAAAAGAGAAAGAAGAAGUCGAAAUCUCGUGAAGGUGAGGGCGAGGAGGUGAAAAGGAAGUUUAAAAAGAAAAAGGCUUCAGAUGAGGAUGUAGAAAAGUUGGAAGAGGCCGCGCGUGUGGUAGAGAAGAUUGAAACUAAACCGAUUGAAACCGUGGAACUCCGCUGCAUUGAAGCCAAUGCAAAUAAACGUCUGGGACAUGAAAAGAUACCCAUUCCAUCUGGUGAACCCUUAUGUCUCACUGUCACUGGUAUUCCACCAGAGGUGCCUUCUGUUCUAUGGACCCUUAAUGGUCAGCCAGUUCGUUCUGGCAAACGAGUUCAACGUCUACUUGAGCCAAACCCUUUGGGCAAACGCUAUGAUGGCGAACUCAUGGCUCAGCUGUAUCUUGAUUCCACUGUCCUCCUUGAUUCUGGAGAUUACGAGAUAACAAUAGAACCUACUGACUUAUGCUCAAUCAAAGCGCAUCUUUCCAUCCCUGUGGAAAUCGUUCCAGCAAAGAAAGCACUAGCAGAGCGGCGCGGUCGGAUGGAGAACCAAGAGGGGGUUAAAGGAGAGGGGGAGAAUGUGAACGUUUUGCAAGUUCAACCAAAUCUCUGCCAGCCCUUGGGUUUUGCAGCAUGUGAGGGGCAGUCCAUAAGUCUUGUCGCAGAUCUCAGUGUGCCAGUUGACAAAGUUCCACCGGAAUCCGUUUCCUGGAGCCGCAAUGGCGUCCUUCUAUCACCAGAUGAUCCAUCGCAUGAUUUCUCCAUUCAAGCCUCGGAGAAGAAUCAGGACCACACUUCGGUGAUCCUGCACAAGCCCGCAGUAACUCUGGACGAUGUUGGAUUUUACUCAGUCACUUAUAAUCCUCUGCCAACAAUUAAGGAGGAGCCUCUUGCUGAGGCAGCAGAUGAGGAAGGCUAUGGAACCGGAUGGGAGGUUGACUUCCCAGAACUCCUGAUAUUUCCUGCUGAAACAGUCCCAUGUCCAGAUCUUUCCAAGACUCCAGUUUUCACCAAGGAGUUACCAAAAGAGAUUCGCGUGUCCGAGGGCGAUACCAUCACUUUGGAUGCAGAGAUUGCCAAACCUCUCCCCGGAUUAACCCCUAUAUGGUCAGUGAAUGGGCGCGAUAUCAACCCGUCCAGAACCUCAGAAUACGUGGUGUGGGAUAGUGGAAACUACUUUGCGUUGACUAUCCCUGCUGCUAGCAAGCAUCAUCUGGGUGAGUACGAGCUCAGAUUGUCUGCUAGACAGGGGAGGGAACCCGUGCUGACGUCGUGUCAUGUCAGAGGCAAGUCGGACUUCGGAGCUAUGCCCCAUGCCACACCGAAUCGAGCUACCUAUGUUUCUCACGGCAUUGCACCAAUGUUCACCAAAAAGCUUACAGAUUUGGACUGUUCUUCUGGUGAAACCAUGGAACUAACCUGUCGUGUCGUUGGUGAUCCCAUUCCACACUUUUUCUGGCGACACAAUGGAGAACUUGUGGAAUCUGACUAUCAUCACCGAGUUCGAAGCUAUGACAACACCUCCACACUGAAGAUCUUUUCCGUUGAACCUAGAGAUCGUGGAACUUAUAUCUGCAGUGCUGUUAACGAACUGGGAAAAACUCAGACCUCUGCAAAGAUUUCCGUUGAUGGCACGAAUGAACCUAUUGAGGAGACUGAGGUAGAAACAAGCAGAAUCCGGCCGCCACGAUAUGGUCUUCCUAGAACAGCUCCAGAAGGUCUAAUGGUUGAAAGCGCAACUCCAACCGAGCUGACGAUUCGUUGGAGUCCAGUGUCCCAAGAAGAACCUAGUGAUAUGGUCUACACCGUGGAAAUGUCCAAAGAUAACGGUUAUUUCUGGAGUCCUGUGCUUACUGGUCUACAAACCACUCGUGCCACCCUUCCACAUACCAUUGCUACACCUCUCCAGCCUAUUCAGUUGCGUGUCCACGCUGAAAAUGCUCUUGGAACGGGCCCGCCUUCUCAGCCCGUACUCAAAAUCCCACCUCGUGCCUGUGUGCCAAAUAUGACUGGCGUCAAACCUGUCAUCUCUAAUGUGGAUCUAACCUCAGUCAUGAUCACGUGGUCUGGUCCUUCUGGCGGAGCACCCUCCAACGUCUCCUACAUUGUAGAGGUGCGGGAGGGCACAAGAGGUGACUGGAAGCCAGUAGCCUCGGGGCUGAAAGAUAAAACUUACACCUAUCACUUAAAACCUGGAGUCUCUACACUGGUGCGUGUUCGGGCUUACAAUGAGUUUGGAACCUCUGAACCAUGCGCCACGGCCAUUGCUAACCUUCCAGUGGAGCACUUAAUUCCAGAUUUUGCGAUAGAUCCACCAUGGGUAUCCGUUAUUAGACCAGAUGUUAGUUGCUCCGAGAAGAGUGCUUAUCCAGGACUCAUGUUACAUUGGAAAGAGGCCUAUCUUCCGGAAUACUGCGACGACUGUGUCAGUGGCUUGAAACCCAUCUACACAUUAGAAUGGAAGAAGGGACGAACUGGACCCUGGCGUAUGGUAGACGACUGCAUUGUCGACACAACAGUCUACAAGCUUCCAGGAUAUAUCGUGCGAGCUGUUCAAGAGGCAUCUACUCCCACCUCACAGAGUCCGGAGAUUCGAGUUGUUUGUCGAAAUGACUACGGCUCGACCCUACCCACAAAAUCUCUGCGACUUACCAAUUUCGGUCUACCGAAACAAACAGACUCGGAGACAGAGAAACUAACUCGUUCGGGUGAAGCACUAUUCUCUCUUCCAAUAGUUGCGCCUUUAGAUGGUGAAGAAAGGUCUCCGCUGUGGCUCACCUCCACGGAUAUCGAGAAUGGAGUUAGUCUGAAAUGGGAUGAAACUUUUCGCUGUAGAGAUGGCAAUCUACAUGGCAAAUACCGUAUGGAAUAUGCUGUGAUGCCCAUCGGUUAUACUACUGAACCUGAAGGCUUGUGGGAGCCAGUUGGACCUCGGUCUCAACCUAUUCUCGGCGACUCUUACUGCCUAGAUCUACCUCUCCAUUCCUCUGCUGAACAACGGAUUAGGCUUCUAGCUCUGACGAACAAUGGUUCAGUUUUCGGGUGGUUGAAUGCCUACAGACAGGUGCGACUACCCUCGAAGCGCCAACUUCUUCCAUCGCCUGUGGAAGGUCUGCGAGCCCGUGUCUUCCAGCCGAAAGAAAAAGGCGAGGCCUUCUCUGUACGCCUUGACUGGAAUCAUUCCGGUCAAACCGAGGGAGAGAGAAUUUUGGAGGAACAGUUGGAGCCUGGGGUGUUUUUCACCCCACAGGUAAUUUCCUAUCGCGUGGAGGUUCAGGAGAACCAUGGAUUGUGGCGUGAAAUUGGCACUGUGAUAGGUUCCUCAAAAACGUUCUUUGAACACAAGACGCCGAUGGGCGGUGUCACUCUUCGAUACCGAGUCAUACCAAUCAAUCGAUUCGGUGAGGGACCGGAGGUAGAAGUGCCAGCUGUCCACAUUCCCAAACGGCUGUCAGAGCUUCAAGGCUGCGUGGAAGACUUGAAGGUUCUGAUAGUGGCCCCUCGUUCGGUUUUUCUGCGCUGGCGUCUAGGGGACGAAGCCAUCGACGCGUUGGAAUCGAUGGGACGUCGAGUAGUAUCUUCUUCUCCCACUGCGGCGCGUGGAAUGGGUGACAGCGGCUACGAGGAGAACGCAGAUUUACAUGGUCUUGUCCGUUACUGCGUGGAGCGUCGGGACGCCUUCUCCUCAGGCUGGUAUCCCGUGGCAACUGUCGAGAGUUUGCAGGAUGAGUUGACGGGCAAGGUGACACUGCGUGACUGUCCCAAGGAGAUGUACGGGAAUGAAUAUCGAGUCAUUGCCUUCCUGAACAAUCAGCCCUGUGCCCCGAGUAGACCUGUGAGGAUCAACGUAAAGACUGCUGAACUGGCACCCGAUCUCUCCUACCACAAGGCCAAGGUGGAUGUGAGCAAAGUGGAUGAGUAUCAAAUUUCCUAUCCUGAGGAGAAUCUGGGAGGUUUCUUUAGCAGUCAUGUCCUGGCCUCUACACUACCACAUAGUUUGGAAGAACACCUCACAUUUGAUAUUGAGGCUGUGUGUGGUAACAGGAAGGAAUGGGAGAAAAUUGCCACAGGACUUUCAUCACCUGUCUUCUCAUGGGAUAAAGUGAAUCCUCUUCUGCCUUAUUCUUUUCGCGUUGUUGGCCUAAAUCAGUUUGGUGUAGGUCUACCCUCUCGUGCAACUCACGUGGAUGCUCAAGUUGUGAUUCCUGAUCUUUCCUUUGUGGUUCCAACGGUGCGAGAGGCCAUGGGAAUUCUUGAGGGUCGUGAACCUCCGGAAAUGCGUUGGCAGACACCAAAGGUUUAUAAUCUCACUCAGACCUUGACGCCCUUCACUUAUGAAGUGCAGAUGCGUCGAGUGGCCUCUGGAAGUGCCUUAGAUGAGUGGGAGGUCUUUCGAGGGGGACUGAAGCAACCCCGAUGUUCCCUAGAGGGUCUAGAUCCUACGCAGGAGUAUGUGCUUCGUGUUGUAGCAGUGACUAACUUUGGUCGGGGUGAACCCAGUCAACCUACGAGGAAGCGGAAAUCACGGGCUAGAAACUCAAGUCAGUCUAUGGGCAACUACAGUAGCCUGAGCAGUUCCUACGACUCUAUACCACCGCAGUUUGAAAAUCCUUCGCCUGAAGUCGUCUACGUUCCGUGUGGUGGAGACUUGGACCUUCGAUGCACUCUCACUUCCAUCAACCUGAAGAAUCUGGUGCAGUUCAUCUGGUUCUUCAACUACCAGGAGAUUCCAGAUGUUCCCAAGCACGAGCAAUUUCCGUCGGGCUACUUCCAGCACGUGACUGGCGGUGGAAAGUCGGCCCAACUGCGACUCUUCGAUCUCGACGAACGCGACUUUGGAACAUACACUUGCAAGGCCGUUAACAAUUUCGGCACUACUGUUAAGGAGUUCCGAGUGGUUAGGGCCGACGCACCAGUGAUCACGGAAGUUCCUUUACCAAUAGUAACAUUGUCUGUGCACCAUACCCUUCUACUACCCUGCUGUGUUGACGCCGUGCCAGCGGCCAGAAUCACAUGGACUCGGGAUUCCAAGCGUCUUACUUCCUCGCACCGCACGUGGAUUGGUGGAGAGACGAGUUCUGUGGCUCAACUCGAUUUUUCCGCAAACGAAAGAGAAGCGGAACUCGGCGAGUUGACUGUAGACGCCUCCUUGCGUGUGGAGAGGUGCGUUUUUCAAGACGCGGGCCUCUACACGAUGAUCGCGGAGAAUCCUGCGGGAAGAGCUCAGACUAGUUGUAUCGUGAGGAUUGAAGAAAAACUGUCUCCACGAACGAUUACACCAAGAUGGUCAAAUAUAGAAAAGCACUACUUUGUUCUUCAUCAAAUAGCUACAGGCUCUUUCAGUCGCGCUCACUUGUUGAUCGACAAGAAGACAAGUCGGGAGUACGUGGGCAAGGCCUACGCACUGGUGGAUCCUAUGACCCGUGUGCUGGGUGCUCGAGAGUUUGAAUGUCUCAAUCGACUGCAUCACAAUAAUGUCGUAGAGAUGGUCGACGCUGUGGUCAGUGACGAUUAUCUCGUCCUAGUCACUGAGAGGCUAUCCGGAAAUCACUUGCUGGAAGAGAUCAUUUUGGGGCAUACUUGGACGGAGGCAGCUGCCACGAUGCUCAUCAAAGAACUCCUUGAAGCAGUGGCACAUGUUCAUGAGGAAGGCAUUGUCCAUCUCGACAUUCAGCCGGACAAUAUAAUCUUUCCACGAGGCACUUCUUCACGCACUGCUGGUCUGGAAGGGUUAAUGCAGGCGCUCAACAGUCUUUCCGUCGACACCGCAGGCGCUGGCGGCCGCAGUGACGUCGGUGUUGUCUCAUGCUUUGUCAAACUCACUGGUUUCUCAAUGGCUCAACCCAUAGGUCAACGUACUGCCCUUCAAAUGUCGAGCAUCAUGCCUCCUGCUCUCUGGUGUCCUGAUUUUGCUGCUCCAGAACUCCUUAGCAUCACCACCGCUUUGAGCACAGAAGACGACUCAAAAGUGUGCGUCGGAUUUGCUGCUGAUGUCUGGAGUAUCGGAGUCAUCGCUUAUCUUCUGCUCUUUGGAGAGCAUCCGGUCAUUCGUAAUGCAGAUGAGACAUUGAAAGUGGACGAUUUUGCUUCAAUAGGGGACGAAAUUGCUGAACUGAUGACUGCGUCAACCGAGGAGUUUGGAAAUGAUGUUUCACCAGAGGCGAUUGACUUUCUUUGUCAUCUGCUUGCUACUGAACCUUGCAAUCGGCCUACUGCUAAGGAGUGUUUACAACAUCCAUGGCUUGCAGAAGGUAGACGAAGUGCUCGCAAUCUGGAGAAUAGCCUCAACAGCCUCAAAGCCUACCAGCGCAUCUACCAAAAAAGGAAAACAACCCCAACGGGGAGCCUGUGCCGGGAGAGCUUCUUGCGUUUUGCUGGACGCGCGUGCAUUGAAGCGGUGCCAGGUAGAAGAUCUACGACACCGCCACCAUCGUCAGAAUCGCCGAUGUUGAUGGAGACGCAGAAGGAUUCCCCACAACUGCCACGGGCGUCUUCCAGUGAUGGUGGAUCUUCUGAACGAGGAUGUAGUAUUGAUAGAGAUUUGACGAGUCGAAUCACAACAUUGAUGGUUCCACCGGAGGAAAGAUUUGGUUUCACUGGGUCGGGCACUUCUUCGUUGAGGUCCUCGUUGCUCCAUUUGGACAUCGACGAAUACCAAAUAAACAAAUCACCGCUUGAGUCACCCUCACCACGCCUUGAUCCCUGGAGUAGCAGUCCCAGCCUUCUUUCUGCCGAUGACUCAUCCGAACCCAUUAAACGUCUCUGCGAUAACAUCUCUAAGAAACGUGACGAGCAGAUUCUCCCUGUGGAACCACACCUCUGUGAGGGUCCGUUGAAAUCCACUACAAAACUCGCUCCAAUCUUCUCCAACCCACUGCGUGACAGUCGCAUCGACCCACAGACGAACAGUGUUUUCUUUUCCUGCCAACUGGCUAGUCCCCCACGUCUGCCAGCUCCUGAACUCCUCUACCAACGCAACGAUGUGCGCGAAAAUCUUGAAGCUCUCGGAAUGGAAAGCUUUGCCCUUUGUGGAGGCGCUAUCAGUAGUGGUAGCGGUGGUGCUGGCAAUUAUAACAGUGGUAGUGUGGCAGCAGCGUGGUACCUUGCGGGUUGCCUGCUAUCAGAAGCACCGGGUGUCUCGCUAGGAGCUAGCUCUGAUGGUUGGCUCUGGCUGCGUCUUGACGAUGCGCAGCGUGGAAUGGCGGAAAAAGUAGUAGAGUGUGUGGUUCGAGCUAGAAAUGGAAAAGCAAAGACGAGAGCAAGAAUACUUCUGCCUGAACCGCCAUCACCUCCUGGUCGUCCAGGCAUCCUGCAGUCAGCCUCCACGGAGGUUCUCGUUGGCUGGACUUGUGGAAAUGAUGACAGUUGUGAGGACUUCAUCUACCGUGUAGAUGUCAAAUAUCCUGACGCCAAACCGGUUGCUUCAGCAUGGAGAACAGUAGGAUACUCCGUGGAUUGUCGUUUUCUCAUCUCCGGCCUGCAACCAGAACAGGCCUAUCGCGUGCGGGUGUGCGUCCGCAAUGCUGUUGGCUGGAGUGCCUACAGUAUCGCUUCCUCGGAGUUUCGUCUGCAUUCUGGUCAUGCUAGGACAUUGCCGUUGAUGGACAAGGAGCGCGAAUGGAUUCUUCGAUGGCGACAGGCCUCCCAUCCAUUCGGCCUCAGCGACCACCCCGAGGCAAUGUCGACAACUGCGUCAUCGAAGUCCGUCGGUGCCGAACAUGAGGCCUUCAGACGACCACCACCCUCUGGAGUCGUUAAGGAAAUGAUCCAGGCUGGGGGUCUGUUUCCCCAUAUGGAAGCCGUAAAGAUGCUUUGUCGAACAGAGGGUCUUAUUUCAAGAGGCACUUUUGGAAACAGUGCCCAGCUUAUGACGCUCAUCCGAUGUCAUCCAGCUCUCGUAGAACGGGGAGACUUGCCAAAUCAGCGACCAGAGAAGCAGCCACUUCGACUACCCGCUUUUCUCAUAGCCCGAAUUACACGGCUCACCGAUGCAUCAUUUGCGGAAUCAUUGGAAUCCCAAGCACGUCAACAGGCUCUCCUUCUCACCCUCCUUCGUUCGACGGCCACGACUCCAGCCUCUGGAGGAUUGGAAGGGGCUCCCCUCUUCACUCAACAAUUUGGCAUCCGCUCUCCCUGUCUUCUGCCACAAGGCAUCAGCCUUGGCUGGCUGGCUAACGACGCCGCCAGGCCAACAGUGGGGCUAGGGCUUGCAUCUUGGAUACCAGGAGGAGCGCUAUUAGAUGUCCUGUUAGCGCGUGGAGAGUUCACAGAAUUCAGCGUGGCGCGGUGGGUCUAUCAACUGCUUUGCGCACUCCGAUGGCUCCACAUAGCCUUUCAGGGACGAGUGCAUGGACGGGUGGACUUUGACAAAGUCCAGGCAGCUAGACGCACCUCGGCAUUACCCGAUAUUGUUUUGACUGGAGUGGAGCCCACAGAACCUUGGGAACGACGAGCCGACUGUUUCACUGCACCUGAAUUGGAUGACGGUGGGAAAUGCAGUGCCCUGUCUGAUCUUUGGAGUGUGGGCGCUUUCGCCUACAUUCUCCUCCUUGCCGAGAGUAUCUCCACCUCCCUCGCAGACCAUCAGGCCUCUCGAACGCCUACUCCUGCAGGUGAGAAAGCAAUGGAUGCGGUGGAGACGUCAAGACGGCUGCAAAAGAGAGUUUCCACAGUGUCACUGCCCGGUGGCUAUCGUCAUCUCGACCGGCCAGUAGUCAACCUAAAGGCCAUUAAACAUCUCUCUAAGUGGGGCAGAAGAUUUGUUUACAAUGCUCUGCAAUCGGAGCCCAUGAGCCGUGGGUCGCUGGAUUUUUGGCUCGAAAACGAUUGGUUUAGUCUACGACCGGAGGUAGUGAAACAACUUGCCAUGAAUACAAUUCCCUCCAAGUAUAUCCGUGCCUUUCGACCCUCAGAGAACCUCUACGGCGUCGUUCCGCUAUUCCCCGACGAGGCCGAUCCCCUUUCAACGGUGUAA